CAAUCAAUGGUCCUAAUUCUCAGAAGGAUAGUCCGCAGAGCUGUGAGAUAUCCUCUUAACGUGUCAAGCUUCAUACCUACUCUAUUUCGACCAUUUUCCACGUGCCAUUCAUUCCUUAUGCCACCUUCAUUAAAACGGAAAGCUGAGAAGUCACUGGAGUCUUCUAAGCAUGGUAAGACAAAGAAGGAAACUGUAGAUAUUCCUGAGUAUCACCUUGCGGAGUCGAGACGGGAUGACAGUGGGGAGAUUGUGUGGCCGGCAAGGAGUGCACAGAUCGAGAGGGCUAGGGAUCUUAUAAGGGAAUGUGCCCACGCAGGAAAACCUACAUUGAUCCUCCCUGAUAAAGACGCCGAUGGCUUAUCAUCUGGAGCUAUAUUGCAAAACACUCUCACAUCUCUCGGACUCACGAAAUCUUUAAUAUCAGUCUACUUCCCCCCCAAGGGCAGCAAUAUUCACGACGACACCACCCGAGAAGUUAUAUCUACAUUGCCCCCUCCAGCCUACAUAUUCGUCUUGGACCAAGGCAGUAGGAAGACCCGACCAAUACUCGAUACCCCCCAUAAAUGUCUCAUCAUCGACCAUCACUUCGCAGAAGAAGGCGGAUUCCCCGAAGGCGCCGAGUACGUCACCGCUCACGACUGUCCGCCUGUAGCAACCAGCGCCCUCCUCACCUACCACAUUUGCCUAGACUUAUGCCCAGACCUCCGCGACAAACUCUCUUGGCUUGCCGCCCUCGGAACCCACGGUGAUCUUGGCACAUCUUUAAAAUGGCUGCCUCCUUUCCCAGACAUGACCGCCACGUUCAAAAGCUACUCGAAAAAGAGCAUCAACGACGCUGUGAGCCGCGUGAACGCACCCCGCCGCUCCGCCGCUUACAAUGUCAAAGCAGCAUGGACAGCCGUCAUCAACGCAGCGAGCCCGUCUGCGCUGGCAAAUGACACCGCGUUGCUCGCUGCAGGCGCUGAGGUCCGCGAGGAAACUGAGCGAUGGGCUCAUGUCCCUCCUCGCUUCUCAAAGGACGCCACGAUUGCCGUGUUAACCAUUAAUUCUGCUGCUCAAGUUCACCCUUUAAUCGCUACGCGUUGGGCAGGGUCUCUCAAGUCCGAUAAGUUGGAGAUCGUGAUGUGUGCCAAUGAGGGCUAUCUACCUGGAAUGGUGAACUUCUCGUGCCGUGUAGCACGGAACGCUCGAGCGAGAGAGGGAGGCGAGAAAGUGGACAUUAUUCAGAAGUUGGAGGGGCUGGUGGCUGGAGAUGAUGCAUUAAGGGAGCGUUUGGGAGACAGUUUUGCGAGAGGACACAAGGAGGCCAGUGGGGGAAUCGUGAAGAAGGAGGUUUGGGAGGAGUUGUAUAAGUUAAUGGGGAUUGGGGAGAAUGUGAAAGGGAAGAAGAAGGCGGAGGGGAAGGGGAAGGAGAAGAAAGCUGUUCAAAAGAACACUUUGACGAAUUAUUUUGUCAAGGCUACUUGA